AUGGUUGAUUUGCAAGGAGUGAGAACAAAUGCCAAAAAGCAUGGAAGUGACUGGAUUCUCAGUGGGAGCAAGGUAUUCAUCACUAAUGGGUGGCUAAGUGACGUUGUGAUGGUAGUGGCAGUCACAAAUAGUGAAGAUCACUCUCCCAUCCAUGGCAUUAGCGUUUUUCUGGUGGAAAAUGGAAUGAAAGGAUUUCUCAAGGGACAAAAGCUGCAUAAAAUGGGACUAAAAGCCCAGGAUACUGUAGAAUUAUUCUUUGAAGAUGUACGGUUGCCAGCUAGUGCCCUACUUGGAGAAGAGAAUAAAGGCUUCUAUUACCUCAUGCAGGAGCUUCCACAGGAAAGGCUGUUGGUUGCUGAGUUGGGAAUUUCAGUCAGUGAAUUCACAUUUGAAGAAAUGAGGAACUACGUUAAACAAAGAACUUUUGGGAAAACAGUUGUGCAUAUACAGACGGUGCAGCAUAAGCUAGCAGAAUUAAAAACACACAUUUGUGUAACCAGAGCUUUUGUGGACAGCUGUCUCCAGCUGUGUGAAGCGAAAUGUCUGGCCUCUGCUACUGCUUCCGUGGGGAAAUAUUGGGCAUCUGAGUUACAAAACAGCGUAGCUUAUGACUGACAGCUCCACGGAGGCUGGGGAUACAUGUCGGAGUUCCCAGUCGCAAAAGCUUAUGAGGAUGCCCCAGCUCAGCCAAUCUGUGGUACCAAUGAAAUAAUGAAGGAACUGAUUGCAAGAGAGAUCGUCAGGGACAAGUAGACGUCUGCCCACAUCCUGGAAUCCUAUUACAACUAAUCUGGUUUUAAAUCUACUCAAGAUAAAAUGCAACCUGGAAAGGGAGGAAACACUAAACAUGUUUUUGUAUGCUCUUUCUAUAGGGAAAGAAAUCAAAU